AUGGGCCUCGAUAACAUCGAACACGUCGUUCUUAUACUCUCCGGCAAGGGGGGCGUCGGAAAAUCGAGUGUGACUCUUCAGCUCGCCCUUUCCCUCACGCAGCAGGGGCACAAUGUCGGGAUCCUCGACAUCGACCUCACAGGGCCCAGUAUCCCUCGUCUCCUAAACCUAGAAGAUAAAAAAGUUACACAAGCCCCUGGCGGCUGGUUGCCGGUCAAGGUUCAUGAUGCAAGAGACGGAGAGUCGCAACCCUCAAAUGGCCACCAGACACUUCACUCCGCCGCGCCCGCGAAGCGAGGGUCUCUUCACGCAUUGUCCCUUGCCUUCCUCCUUCCCUCACGCUCUUCGGCCGUAAUUUGGCGCGGUCCGAAGAAGACUGCGAUGAUCAGACAAUUCGUUGCAGAUGUCCUUUGGCCACCCAACACAGACUAUCUGCUCAUUGACACCCCACCGGGCACUAGCGACGAACACAUUGCGAUCGUGGAGGAACUACACAAACUUGCCGUCGAUACCCAACCCGACCCCGCUAUGAACGGGAAUACGCUGUCGCUCGACAUCGGCGUAAGGCCGAAGCUCUCCGGCGCAGUGGUGGUCACGACUCCGCAAGCCAUAUCUACAGCCGACGUUCGUAAGGAAUUGAAUUUCUGUGUCAAGACACAAGUGCCCGUGCUUGGAGUCAUCGAAAAUAUGGCUGGAUAUAUCUGCCCCUGCUGUGGUGAAAUUAGCAACGUCUUCAGCAAAGGAGGGGGGGAGGUGAUGGCUCGAGAGUCCAACGUGCCUUUCCUGGGUUCUGUUCCCAUUGAUACAGGAUUCGUCGCUUUGGUUGAGGGCGUGAAAGAGGAGCAGAACGCAGUCAAUGGGGCUCCGACGACCAACGGGAACAACUCCGAGAAAUCUACGGAACUGGUCGAGCGAUAUAGAGAAUGUGGAUUAUGUCCCAUUUUCGCCAAAUUUGCAACCACGGUAGACCAGAAAGUCCGAGGGACUACAAGUGGUUGA